AUGUCAUCUACUAAUUCUAAAAAACGAGGCAGAAGGGGAAAAAGGGAGGAGAUGCCGAUGUUCGUGCCCGGAUGCACACGAUGCCACAAACUGCACAUGUCAAUGUGGUGCCCGGAGCCACUGAUGGCUAUCGACGUGCCGAAACCGGUGCAGAUGAAGGCUGGAAACGACAGAAAGGAAGAAAUGUCAUCGACAACCAUCAGCAACAAUAGAUCAACGACUUGGAAGGAAGCGAAGACUUUCGGAAGCGACAAUAAUAACAGUGCUCACAUGAAGAAUCGGAAUGGGUCGGUGAUGGAAGAGGACCCGCGUUUCGAUCGGCGCCGACGAGGAAGAGGGCCAGCGUUUCGAUCGGCGCCGCAAAGGUUCGCCCCACCGCAGUCCUCGCAAACGAUUCAAAAGCCGUUGAUGAGAAACGUCACCUCGUCUCACCAAAGUCGCUCAUCGCCAUCGAAAAAUGUCGAGCCGAGCGAGAGAAGAUCGCAGGCACCGAAUUCGACACGUCGUGAUGAGAGACCGGUGAGAAGUCGGCCGGCCCAGUCUUAUCAUCUACCGAAACAACCAAUUACUCGGCUCCCAAAGGCCGAAAUGAUGAUAAGUCUGAACAAUGAACUCCGCCCGUUUUCAUACGGAGACGAAAAUAUGUAUCAAGAAGUACCAAUGGCCAAGCAGAUUCCAAAAACGAUUCCAAGAGUUCCGGAGAACCAAAUGUACGUCUUCAGAAAGCGAACAUACUACGAUGAGCACGGAAAUCAAGUGGACGAACGUGAAACAGCCACGAUUGUACAUUUGGAUGGAGAUGAAUUGAUUUUCGUGGAUCUCAACGACGAUUUCGAAUUCUGA